AUGAAUCAAUUUGAGGAAAUCUAUCCAUUUGAUACAUCGGCUCAAGCAAAACGAGGGUUACUCUCAGUCAUUCUCAUGUUCAUUUUUGUGUCAAAAAGCAGGAAGUCGAGUGUGGAUCGUAUUACGGAAACAGUACUGCAGAGCUUCUUGAGCGGCCUUGGCUUAUGCUAUGACAAACCUGAUCCUGUCUUUGGCGACCUCAGGAAGCUUAUCUCUCCUACACCAUCUGCUGAAUUCAUUUAUGAAGGGUAUAUCUCCUUCGCCAAAGCAACAGAUCGGUCUGAAACGCAAGUAUAUACUUAUGACUGGGGACCUCGCGCGCUUCUCGUCUGUGAGCCAAUGUCGUUCUGUACCAUUGUGAAAGAUGAUGAUGUUGAACUGUGGGUUGACCAACAAGAGACUGUCAAACUCACUGAAAACAAAAAACAUCAGAUCUCAUUGGAUUCUGAGCAGUACAUGCGCGGAAGAAGGUAG